AUGGACACCCCCGAUCGCGAACAAACCAUGAACAAAUGCAUCGCGUUCGUUAGAAACUACCUGACAAUGAGGUACGGCGCCACCUUCGCCGACGAGCUGCUCAACGAUCUCACAUUGUCCACUGGAUCCAGCCAGCACGAUCGUCAGAUCAGACACGGAGAGCGGGUCUUCGAAUCGGACCCGCGAUCCACGCCUCGCGACGCUUCAACCGGCACAAAACGCCAUAGGGUAGCGGACAUCAUCAGCAUACACCAGGAUGUGCACGAUGAUGUUCACUCUGCAGUGCGGCAACGGCGCGAGGUCGUGGAUCCCGCCACGACGCCACGACUCGCACAGAAGUUCGGACAUCGCCGCAAGACACCACUCCUCUUUGUGAGGAAGCAGAAGGCUCCUAAGCGGCGGAUGUCCCAACAAUGUAUGCGAUGUGGCGUCACAUGCUUCAAAAGCUUGAGGCCCACCCCGGAAGACACGCUGCCUUGGCGCGAACAACUGACCGCCGCACAAGCACAGGCUGUCCUUCAGAAUGUGGCGACAUGGAUGCCGCCACAAUCCCAUAGCUACCAGCAGCCUCUUGAAGACCGAAUGAACAUUCCCGAUGCCAUGUUCAUAUCGGAAAGGGACGAAGAGAUGGCAGAUAACUUCGCCCCAGAUGCAAGCUCAUCUGUCCACUAUACCCCGGCCAUGAGCGCCGACUACUAUGCUCAGCGCACGCCCGAGCCCUUCCCCAUGCUAGACGUCCACCAGUCAACAGUCGCGAGCAUCAGCAUGGUUCAGGUCCCGCAAGUAGCCAUCGCGGCCGAACCCGUCGACCUCCUGAUGCAUGAAGCGGCGACUGUCGAUCUAACGCAGGAAAGCGCAUUCGACCUGUCAUCGAUCAAUGGGCUUGACGUCCAGAUGCCCGCCUUGUCAUCGGCACUGACUCUUGCGAUCGAAGACGACCAUGCGAUGGAGGAGCCGACUGGACAUGAGAUUGCCGAUGAACUAGAAAAUGCCAGUGAAAUGGCGCUCGGAGAGACAAUGAGAGACAGCGAGGACGAAGAACAGGCCAACGUCGACAUCAGCGCAGCCAGCGCCGAUGUACGCGCUGAUGUACCGAUAAUAGAAUAUGUACGAGAGGAGGAUGUCCAAGACAUAAUCCUCAAAGCCAUCGAAGAUGGUAAACGCAUCCAGGACGCCCUACGCACCUACCUUGCCCCCUCCGUCGACGAGAUCGACGACCAGUUGGACGUCGGGCUGCCGCCCCUCGGGUUCACUGAUCUGGGGCUUAUGCCCAUGGUUAUGCCCUUUGAACUUGACGACUACGAGGACAUCUUGGCACCACCACCCACGUACGCGCCAGGUGUAUCGGCUCUCGUGGACAGGUCGAAGCCACUCAAGACAAGGGCAUCCAGGUUCGCCAAUACGCCAUACCAGACACGUUCGAUCGCACAUGCAUCACAGUCGGUGUCGAUCGCAUCUACAUCAUUGGACACCGAGACGGGCGAGUCAGGCCCUUCGUCGGCAUCCUUCAAUGCCUGGGGCGACAGGAACGAGGGAUGGCUGGGGGGCGCUAGCACACAGCUAGAGGCGGCACAGGGGAGCGAGGAGCGACGGGCAGCUAGGGCGCAGGAACUAGCAGAGCAGCAGAAGGCUAGGAAGUUCGCCAACCUUAGAGGUCGGAAGACGGCAUGGGAAGUGAUAGAGGAUGCUGAUAGGCAGGAUGCUGAGCGACGGGAGGCUGAGCGACGGGAGGCUGAGACGGCGAUGCGCGCAAUGGAGCAACCGUCCGUGGAACUGCACAGGCCCACGUCCUCAGAGGCCUCACAUAGCAAAGCCCCGAGGUCACUUCCAUCCGUCCCUGACCCCAGUGCCAUGACAGCCGAGGAGAUGGCCCACCAGACGCCAGACGACCUAGAUGAUGGCGCAGCCAGCGGGCCCUCGGUGGACGACCUGUGCAGCCAGUUCGAAAAGCUGUAG